AUGUCUUUCCGUGACUAUACUCCGAUCUUGAAGCUGGUCUUCGUUUCCAUUUUUCUUGCACGUUUUACAGCUGCGUUCCCGCUUGUACAUCAUUCUCAUCCCUUGUCUACCGACCCAACAACUGAAGUAAAUUCGGAUUUUGUUUCUGCGAAUCUCUUGAGACCGGCGCUAUUCACCCGUGCGAUAUAUUGUGGUGAAGAUCAAGUGACAAAAUGGGUGUGCGAACCUUGUAAAGCUCUUGGGUCGGACAUCCAUGUAAUCAAGUGGGGAGGAGACAAUAAUGCAGUUCCGAACUAUAUCAUUGCACACGACAAUUCAACAAACACUAUCGUCGUUGCCCAUAGGGGAACCAACACGAAAAGUCUUCUAUCAAUAUUGGAUGAUGUGGAGAUCAAGCAUGUCGACUUGGACAAGUCCAUAUUCAAGCAACAAGAAAAGAUCAGAAUACAUUAUGGCUUCCAAAAUACCUUCAAACACACAUCUAGUGAUAUUCUUGCUGAGGUCAAGGAAGCGUUGGCGGAAUACAAAUCCCAAUCACUUCUAAUUGCCGGGCAUUCACUAGGUGCGACCAUUGCAACUCUUGAUGCUGUCAUGCUGCAUGAGCAGCUUGACUCUUCGGUCAAAAAAACGGUCGUUGUGUUUGGAUUACCGCGCAUGGGGAACGAACACUGGGCUAAUUAUGUCGACUCGACGAUCGGUCCUGGAUUUUAUCGAGUCACAGAUCGUAAGGACCCAGUGGUCGAUCUACCGCCUCAUCUGCUGGACUAUUACCAUCCUUCCGGGGAAAUACAUAUCGAGGAUGUUAAUACAGCAGGGCAAGCAACGAAGGUGGUCAAAUGUCCCGGACAAGAAAACAAGCACUGCUCUGCCGGAAAUUCGGUGUUCCAUGAUGCGAUACUCAAUCAUCGAGGUCCCUACUUCGAAAAUAUCUCAUUUAGCUGUAAGAAGUAG